AAAUUUUCCAGUUCCAGCAUUUAACACCAAAUUCACACGGUUGGUAGCCUGUAACAGUUGAAAGCUGUGAAUCUGGUAGUUGAUUAAACUUAUUUUCAGAUCUAGGAACACCAUAGUUACUCGUCCGAUUUUCCUUGUGUUGAACAUAAUAAGGAAAGGCAAAGAAGAAAAAUAACAGUGGAAUUUUGGAAGAUGAAUAGUUUCAGUGCAGAAGGUCUGUCAACAAUUGGAGGCGUCGCCACCGUUUCGCUUCUUCAUUCCUUUAUCCCGACGCAUUGGCUUCCUUUCUCCAUAGUCGGCCGCGCUCAGAAAUGGAGUCUCUCCAAAAUCCUUUUCGUCACUGCAUUUGGAGCAGUUUUGCAUGUAAUAUCCACUUCACUUCUUGGAAUAACAGCAGUCACCAUGGCAAACACUAUUGCUGGUGAAGAGACUGUGCAUAAACUUGCUUCACUUUUGCUUGUAGUUCUUGGUGGUAGCUAUGUCUUGUUGUUUGUGUCUGGGAAAGGUGGCCACAGUCAUUCUCACAACAAGCCAAUGGAGAAAAUGGCCGUUGCUGGGCUUGUUCUUGUUCCAGCAUUAUCUCCUUGUGCAACCACACUACCCGUGUUUCUUGCUGUUGGGAAUUCAUCCUCCAUGAUGGUAGUUGCCAUCAUAGUGCUUCUAUUCAGCACCAUUACGGUAAUGACCUCACUGGUGGCUCUAUCAUUUUACGGCGCAAGCCAGUUGAAAUUUCAUUGGGUGGAGAGGUAUGACAAACUUCUUGUAGGAUCAGUGCUAUGCUUGGUUGGAAUUUUGACACUUGUUUUUCACGAUCAUGAUCAACAUCAAGAUCAUAGUCAUGGAGGUUAUACUGGAGAGCAAUUAAAUAGGAAACUUAUUGCCUUCUAACAGGUUUGUUAGCAUAUAUAAAAAAAAAAAAUCUGCAUAUAAUUAUGAACCACUGACCACGUAAUGUAAACAAUUGGCUUGAUUGGGAGGAAUGUUUGUUUUUCCCACUUUUCACUUGAAAUUGUCUAGUUUAAGCCUUCAGAUUUUUUAAUCUUUUUCUGCUUCUACUACACAAAAUUAUCUUGUAAUAGCCAUGAUAUGAUAGAGAUCAAUAGUUGGGCAUAACUAGAUUAAAUUUGUUCAUCUUUGGAGGAUUUGAUACAUAAAACUUUAGACCAGAGAUUUUAACA